CUCCUCCGGCCGGGUCACGGUCAGCAACUGGAUAUUGAGUAUCAGACUCAUCGGUCCUUAUCCUUACUGUGGUACUCAUCAUUACAGUUGAAGUUGGUUUCGCUGGUUAUAAAAGUGGACAAUCUAGCGGGAAACUUGGAUCCCUGAUAUUUCGAAAAGAUCGAGUGUUGUUUUUUCAUUUCCUCUCUUCAAAUAUAGAAUGUCUCUUUAAACGGAAACAGUGCCAAUAAUAUAACUUUUCUGCUCUGUGAAAUAUUGUCGUAAAACAUGGAUAGAUUCAGCAGGGUACUGCAGUCUCCUUGUUUUCCAGUGGUUCUGAUCUUGUUCAUGCAAUCUUGUUCCAUCAUUGGUCUUGUCAAGGCCACGGGAAUCCUCUUUCGAGACCUGUCAAAGUCCAUAGAGAUGACUUCGGCUGAUCUUGGUACAACACUUGGUCUCCUUUACACAGUAGGCCUACUGUCAACUCCCAUCAUAGCUUUUGUGAUCAAGCGGACUUCCAAUCUGCAGUAUCUCAUGAUUACCGGUGCCAUUAUUGGAAGCAGUCCUGUCAUUCUUGCGUCCAGAUCAACAAGCAACUGGCAUUUAUUCGUCACCUUUGGGAUAUCUGGAAUCGGGCUCUAUAUUUUGCGUAUGGCAUCCCUGACUGCUAUGGACAGGUUUGCUGGGGACUACUUCAACCUCUUGUACAGUCUAUCGUCUUGCGGAUACUCUGCCGGCAUGGUUCUAUUCCCGUUCCUGGCCGACAAACUGCUGAAGUAUUACGAUUGGCGAGGUGUUCUUCUAAUUCUCGGAAUUCUCAUGAUGUGCAUGCUGGCCGGAAUCGCAUGCGUUUUUGCCAUUCUGGUAACAGUUGACGGCUUUAAAGCUGCAAGAGAAGAAGAAGAAGAGAUGGAACGCUGCGACCAGGCUGAUGAUACGAUCUAUGAAGCAGAAAGUAAUGGUUGCUCUUCUGGAGAAACAACAGACAAGGGCCCCUGUGAUGACGUCGCUGACACGGAUCCGCUUCUAACUCCUUCCUAUGGACAUGAUCGAGUGGCCGUCGACCAGGCAUGCCUAAAUCAUGAAACAAUUCCUACAAAUCACCUCGAUUGCGUAGUCAGUAUUGCAAGAAAGGUCUCAUUCUGGAUUCGAAACAUUGGGUUUUACGACGAUCCGUUUUCCUUAUUCAUUUUCUUAUCUGUCGGUGUAUUCUUUUUUGUUUACAAUGGAUGGCACGAUUUCCUUAUACCAAAGGUCUUACAGCAUGGGAUCUCCCACGAAUAUACAAUCAUCGUAACCUUUGUUGCUGCUGUCGGAAACUUUUCUGUCCGACUCAUCAUUGCUGCCCUCACCCACAACUCAGUUGACCCAAUCAACAUUCAUCUGUUUUUAACGAUCCUCAACAUCAUUUCUAUAACGUGUGAUUUAUUCAUACCUCACUAUUACAUCGUGUUGAUGACAUCAUUUUGUUCUGCUGCAGCCCUUGCUGGAAGAGCGUGCUUGGGAAUCCUGAUCGUCAGGAAUCGAUUUUCAUCUGAAAACCUUCCCAUAGUUUUGAGUUUGAACAACAUCGUAGAAGCCUUUGGAUUUUUCCUCGGAGGAUAUUUGUCAGGGUUCGUAGCCGACAAGUUUUCAUCCUACGACGCAACAUUCAAGCUUCUCGCCUCAGUUGAUGUUCUGACUUUUGUUUUCAUGCUAUUUCCCAAAAUGAAGAAGAAACCUCAAAUCUUAUCGGAUGUGGAGAAUUAA